AUUGGUUGGUGGAAAUUAAUAUUGAUAUGGAACUCGCGAAUAUUUAUCGCAUGCGAAUUAAAGUUAGUACACAGUAUUUGAGAAUGCCGAAUUUUGUUCAUGUGACUGUCCAAAUGAAUUCAUUUUCCGUUUUCAUCUUUUAAUAGUUUUCUGAUUGAGUCUGUCACAGCUGACAUGUUCGGUACAAAUUUUGCCAGAUGAAAGGAUGGCUACAUCAAUUUCAAGGCGAGGACAACAUUACCUAGAAUGCGAUGUUUGUAAAAGUCCUGUCAACUUCAAAUGCAAGAGAUGUGCUGUCAAAUUAUGCAACACAUGUGUAGGGUCCCACGUGCUUAUCAAAUCAGUAAAAGGUCAUGAAGUAACAAAUUAUUAUGAAGAAAAUAAACCCGAGGGUACAGAAUGCUCUGCCCAUCCAAAGCAAGAGUGUAAAGCCUUCUGCGAAUCUUGUGAUAUUCCCAUCUGUGUUUUAUGUGUAUCAAUCAAACAUAAAACACAUGAAAUUUGUGAAUUAUCAGAGAAGAUCGACACAUUGUCCGAUUUUAUAACGAAAGAAAAUGAACGGGUACAGUCGAUACAAUCUGAAAUAGAGAAAAUUCUCAAUCAUAUAGCUAAAAGAUCGGCGGCUCUUCCAAAUAUCUACAAACAGACGAGAUUUCAUAUUUCAGCCCAUGCAAGAGAGUGGCAUCAGGAGAUUGAUAAAGCAGAGACCCAACUGCUCAAAGACUUGGAUGUAUUGCAAGAAAAGCAUGCAGGAAUAUUAUUGAAGCAAAGGAAAGAACUUGAAGAAACAUUUAAGAAAUUGAAAAUCCUUAAUCAAACAGACCUAAGCUUGGCAAAAUCCAAAGAUAUUUUUGGGUUAAUGGAACUUCAGCUUGAAUUUGAAAAUCAGCAGUUGCCAACCUAUAUAGAAGAAACACUACCAGCAUGCUUUCAGCCUUGUUUGUUCGAUGAAAACUUUACAACUUCGCAUUUUGGCUUCAUUAAUACACUAGAAUCGCAAAAACUACCUAUUGGUGAUCUGACACAAGAAGAAAAAACCUCAUUACGACAAGCUCUAGAUGUCCCUACAGUCUUGUCCGUCUUUGAUACAGAGUUCCCAGCCAACAAAGAAAACGAGACCCGGCUAUAUGAUUUGGUCCCCUUCGAUGACGACAGAGUGUGGGUAGGAGGAUAUAGUUAUGAGCUCAAACUGUUUGAUUUCCAGGGACGUCUCCACAACACAGUCCCUAUCACAGAUUAUGGAGGGUAUCUGUCCCUGCAUGAUGGACAUGCAGUGUAUGCCAAUAGAAAUGACAAUACCGUGAAGAAGUUUAUAAACGGUAAAGAAGAAACAUUGUUCUGUACUAAAGAGUGGAAACCCUAUGGUAUGACCUGUACCGCAGCACUGGACUUCCUCGUCUGUCUUCGGACUUCAGAUGAAACAGAAUCAAAGGUCGUAAGAUACAGCAUUUCCUGUGACGUGCUGCAGGAAAUCCAGUACGACUCCCAGUACCAGCCUUUGUUUGGAAAAACAAAUUACGUAGUAGAGAAUGGUAAUGGCGACGUUUGUGUAGCAGACUGGGAUAAAAAAGCCAUCACAGUCGUUGACAAGUUCGGGAUAUUCAGGUUCUCCUACAAAGGGAACAAAGCUUUAAAGGAAAAUAUUCAUGGAGGAUCCCUUACCACAGACAGUAUGCGUCACAUCAUCAUCACUGACUAUCUAAGCAACAAAAUUCACAUGCUGGACAGGGACGGUCGAUUCCUGAGGUACAUCAUUCCUGAUCAGGGGAUACGGGAUCCACGGGCCGUGUGUGUCGUUAGGGAGGGGGAAUUAAUGGUGGGAGAAUGCAAUUCAGGAAAGGUUAAGAGAAUAAAGUAUUUAGACUGAAAAGGAAGUUUGAGGACAAAACAUGUCCAUUACAUGAAUCAGAUGUGUUAUUCAUUCCAAUACCCUUUUGUAAUUUCUGUUUUGACUUAAAAUAAACAUAGUUACAUAUGUAAGAAGAAACAGUGAUAUGAUCAUUUAAUAAUAAUAAUUCCAAGUAAAAACAGUGGUGAAAUUGAUAAAUCAUUGAAUAUCGAUGUGAAAGUAAAAACCAGAAUGUUUUCAUUGUAUAAAGUAUCAUUCAACGAAGAUGAACAAAUAUACUUCUUUCUAGUUAUAGUCAAAGGGCCUUUAAAAAGUUUCUGGAAAUAAAUUGCAUUCCCUUAUUAUUAAGAUUUCCUUUGCAAAUAAAAUAUAUUUGUAAGUAUUUGUAAAAUGUUUAAACCUAUCAAAGGAAGAUAAAUAUAGAGAGAAAGCAUUUAUUUUGAUAAUCCAGACAUUUAAUCAAUCUUAUUAAGUUUAUUCUUGAUUUUGAUUGUAUUACUGAUGUUCUGCAUGUCGGUAAGAAAAAGUAUAUUUAAAAAAUAACCUGAAUCCUUCCUCCUGUAUGUGCAUGUGUGUGAGAGAAGAUGGUUGUGUUUGGGUUUUUUUUUUAACAAAAGCAUAUUUUAAUGCUGUUUUUUUCUCCUGUAAUGUUGACACCUGUUUUUAGUGAAAUAUCAUUGUCAGGAAACGCUAUUGAAGUACAAACGCUUCCUUCAAUAGCAGAAACAGACGUUGUACAAAUAUGGUUCAAGUUCAAGCUUAUUUGUUAUGACUUUUUUAUAACUAAAUGUAACAUUGCUAUAGAUCUACAACGUAUAGUUUGACUUACUUUAUUAUUACAAUGAUAUGUUCAGUCCUAGUUUUUAUGUGGUUUUAGAUUGAUUAAUUGUUGUUUAACGUCUAAUGCGGUUGAAACAUUUCAUGAAGCUUAGUUGUUAUUAUAACAUUAAUUAUUCUUUUCAUACUUAUUUUUUUAUUUCUAUAAUUCUUGUUACUUAAAUACCUUUUCUUAAUUUUUAUUUGAAACUAACUUCGAUUGAACACAUGAACAUAACUUCUAUUUUAUCUUGUCAUUAGGAACAUGAGUAAUAAAUUCAAAAGCUAAAAAUAACUUUCUU